CAAAAAAAAAAAAAUCCUUUAAGCUGUUUGACUCAGUUCAGUCAGCUGGGUGGUCUUUGGGUCAGCGUCUGCUGAACGAUUGGCCCACUGAGUUUUCAUAAAGGAUAUCAGUGAGCUUUCACCAAAGCUGGCCAAACAUCAUGGCACUACUGUCAUCACCUUCACUGUUGGACCAGGGGUGUGGGGCUUAUUAUGUGUUUGUUAUUUUGUGUCCUGAGUGUGAAUCCCCAUGUAUCUCUCAUUUGUCCUUGAUCACAACAAUUUUGACUAUUCAUGUUGUUUCAAUAUUAAAUUAGAGAAAUGUUAGCCAGAUGAAAGAACUGAGUAAGUUAAGUAGUGAUUUAAAGGUAUGUUUUCAAUUUGGUUUAAAAUAUUAGCUUAUAUUAGCACCAUUAUUUGUAAGGAGAUUUGGCACAAUGCUCAGAUGCUAUAUAAUUAGUGUAAAACGGCGUUUUGGCGACUGAAUCCAAAACACUUGUGCAUCUCUGUUCAUCCAUGGCAGCUUGGAGACACGUUACGAGGCGUCUAUUUUUAGGGAAUGUGAUCUUAAAUGUCAGGGUUCCGUUUGCAGCAUGUCUAGUUUAAGAUAUCAAGUGGAAAACUGGCAGUUGAGCGAGAGUUCACAAGUGAAAAUCCCAGGGAGGUUUGGAAAAACAGCCAAUAAAAUGACAAACCUUUGGGAUAUUUAAAUUGACCAAAUGUUCCCAUCAUGUCUGGAAAGGACACCUGCAGGACAUGAGCAGAGAGAGAAGGGGGUUACGUUUCAUAUUACCUCAAAAUUUAUAACACACGGACGUUUUCACUAUCGAAUAACAACAGCUGCUUUGCUGACCUGCUGCCCAGUUGAUGGAUGAUGUUUGGAUGAAGGCCAGACACUCGUCAAUGCUCGUUUCUCCAAUUUUUCUAAAUGUAGUCAGAAAAUCCUGCUCAGAAAUAGUAAGAAAUAGUAAAUAAUACAUUUCUACAAUUUAGUCUUAGGUCACAUGGCAAAAUGAAAAGGUUUUACUGCAACAAAUAUAAAAUAUAGGAUCAAAAACUAACUCUAAUUAAAAGCCUGUGGGGUUGCACCUUUUACCACAACAAAAGUGUGCUUCAGGUACUUGUACUUGUUAAAUGUGUCUCCCUAAAACAUAAUUUUGCAGCAUUACAAUAGCAAAAUUGUAUUGCAACAAACAGACAUGUUAUAUAUAGGUACAGUAAAAUAUUCUUUUUCCUUUUUUUUAUAUCAGUAUUAAAAAAAAAGUAUUGCAAAAACGCACUGAGGUUUGAAGUAUUUUCUUGAUAGCAGCAGCUCUGGUUCCACACAAUUUACCAGAUAAGUGUGUUUACAUGUUCUUUAUGGAGAGUAAUCACACUUCCUGUUUGAAAGACCUGGAGGAGAACACAGACACUAACAUGUAGCUGUUUUUAGAGAUGACUCUAAUAUUGCAGGACAUACAUUUAAAAAAAAAAAGAGACGAAAGAAUAACAAAAAUGAAUAAAAAUUAAAACAAAGUACCUCAACCUGAAGUACGGGCAACAACAAAAUACAUGCACAAAUAUAUAACAAUAAUGAUAUUACUACUACUAUUACUAAUAAUAAUAUCUAUUAUUAUUUUUAUUGUUAUUGGUGGCAACAAUUUAAUUAAUUUUAAAAUAUAAACAAAAAUAAUUGUUUUAAAGGAACAGUGCGACAGUAACCAAAAAUUGUUCUUUUUUUUUUAAAUCCAGGAUGGAAACAGUGGGUGGGAUCAUGGACAGUUUAUUUGUUGAUGCCAUCAGGAAUUUGAAUUACUCUUUAACUGCUCCUCUGUUCCUCACUUGGAAACCAUUCUCCAGUCUGAGCAGACCACGUUUCAAACAUCUGUACUACAGACAGGAGAGAAGACUGAACAAUGGAAGUGAAGGUAUCUGUGGACGGCGUCCCGCGUGUGGUGUGUGGAGUCACAGAGGAAACCACAUGUCAGGAAGUGGUCGUAGCUUUGGCACAGGCCCUGAGUCAACCCGGUCGCUACAUGUUACGGGAAAAGUUUAAAGAUUUCGAGCGCUGUAUGACGCCCAGCGAACGUCUCCUGGAGACCCUAGAGAAGUACGGAGAACUGGCCAAAGAGGUGCAGCUGACUUUAAUCCUCAGUGGACCUCCAGCCACCGACAAAAUGACCAGGUCCAAUGUUGGCAGAUACCAGCAGUGCCCACCGCUCAGAAGGAAAGACGCGGGAGCUAGAACACGGCAUGGGAGCAGUUCAGUGAUAUUGCACCGUCAAAGUUUGCCCACGUUGCCUGAGCAUUCAAAUGAGGAUGUGAAGAGACCUAAAAGAAAGUCUCUGACCUUCAUGGAGGAGGCCCGGGAAUGGUUGGACAGCCUGGGGAAAGGAAAGGUCUACAGUACCAGCUGUGAUAAAGAGAGCAACAAGAAGGCUGACAAAAAGAGUCGAAAACUCUCUCUCACUAGUGAGAAAGAAAACCUGGGUCGAGGCGUCAGAGGCAAAGUCAAAGGCCACAGAGGUUCCAUGUCAGCUUUGGAACUGCAGACGUCCUGCUGCAUUGGGGGUCAGACCAGGUGCAAGGAAGGCAAACACUGCAAGCACGACCAUCGGUGCGUUUCAGACUCUUAUUCUACUGAGGAUGAGAAGAACAGUCUCAAAGAGAGUGUCAUUAGUCAGCUGGCUCAACUGCAGGACCUGGAGCUGCAGAUAGCUCGUGUGGACAAGGAGAUAUCUGAGUUGGAGGAGAAGCAAAAAACUCAAAGGGCUGAGCAGGAGGCCCAGGAGAGAGCACUUAAACUGGAGAUGGAGCAGAUCAAGCUCUGGGAACACGAACUGAAGGCGGAGGAAGGUCAUGAGAAGGAGCUGCAGAGUCAGUUUGUUGACCUGAAGGACAAGGUGGUGGAGUGCAAGGUCAAACUGGAGGAGUACAAGAACAGAAUACCAGGCGUGGACCUGUUCACCACUCGGGUUGAAGAACAUUCACAGAUAGUUUCCAAAGUGGCUGCUACUGUGGUAUCAGAGACAGACGCCAAACAGCAGCAAUCAUCAGAUGCAGACAGGGCAGUUAAUGUCAACAGGAAAUUCCUGCCCAGAGACGCGUGCAGCUCUCCUCGAGCUCUGGUUCCUCCCAACCAGAUAAAAGAGCGGAGGCCCACAGGUCCAACAGAACUGAGGGAGUGGUGGACACGCUGGUCUGAAGCUCAAAGCCCACCAUUACAGGCCAAAAAGAAGGUGAUCCACCGAUCAGAACUAACCAUCUACCUCGGCAGCACCAAAGUCUGAAACCAAAUGAAAUUCCUAAACCAAGAAGGCGCUGUUACUCACAAGCACCAUGUAAUGGAUACGAGUAUUGUAUACUCAUGUUAAAGACUCUAGACAGUACUAGACGGUGGAGGAGUGGUGAGUGCUCUUGCGUUAAAGCAAGAAGGUUACCAGUUUGAAUCCCAGUGGUCCCUCCCAUGUGUGCAAAGGUUUUCAUUCAAUUUCUUCUCCAUCUAAAAACAUGCAGGAUAAUGAUAAAUAUUCACUGUAAAUUAAGCAAAGCUGUGAAUACAAGUGUGAAUCGUUGUUUGUCUCCAUUUGCCUGACAGAGAAACCAUCAUGAGCGAACUGUCCAGGAUGUACCUCCUGUGAGGCCAUUGGAUUACUUAAGCAGUAGAGGUUGGAUUGACGGAUCAUUUGUACUUUAAUUGCAAAUGUUUGUAUUUAACACCUAUAAAUCAACAUAUACUGACAUAAAGCUACUUCUUAUUUGUUUUAACGCUGUCCAAUACACGUACAGUUUACUUCUUACAGAAACAAUUGUUCAGUCUUUUAGAUUAUAAAUUGAUCUUUGAUUAUCUGCAUGUCAGAUCCUGUUGUGAUCUUGAGAUAUAUGUGUAUAUAUACAUAUACAUAUAUAUAUAUAUAUAUAUACACAUAUACAUACACACACACAUAUAUAUAAAUACACAGACACACACACAAAGGCUC